UGGCAGUAAUAUGAAGCGCAUAUAUUUAAACUUUCUCUAUCUAUCAUUAACCUUAUUAAUUCAAUUUUGCUUUCAAGCGAGAGGGGAUGAAUUGCAAGAAAUUCUCUAUGAAGUUUUCCAUAAUGAUUAUUGUUAUUCAAAUGUUAUGGAUUCUGAACACUUUUCGACUGGAAACAUCUUAAAAUGUUCAAUUCUCUGCUCUCAAGCGAAACAAUGCGAAAGUUUGUCAUUUGACAAAAAUCAGAAAAUGUGUUAUUUUUAUCCCAAUUCAUUUGGUACUGAAUGCCAUUCAAAAGCUGGAAAAGUUUUUGCUAGACCAGUAAACUUGUUCACUUACGAUGAUUUUGGAGAGAAUUCAGAUGACAAGCCUGCUUUUUUCGUAUAUUCUGAAACGUCUCAUGGUUCGAUGACUCCUGGGUCAAAAUGUAAUUUUGAAUUCAUGGACUUCAACAAUAAGAAUCUAUACAAAAUAUCUACGAAAGAAGCCGUCGUGAAAGAAGAUGGAAUGUAUAUUACAGGAUUAAAUUUCGCUUUUAAUAAAUUCGCAAAUGAGAUCAUCUUAAGGAACUCUACAUCGAAAUAUGACAUAAAGUUAACUUCUUAUCAAUCUGGUAAUAGUUAUUCUUUAAAUAGUAUUACAUCUUUCGAUUACUUUUCUGCUGAAAGCAUAGUCUUUCCGGAAGUUUAUUAUAUAGAUGCAAAACCUAUUGGCACAAUGAACUCGAGAAUUCUUUCGUGGUUAAUGUUUAAAUACGAUAGUCCCGAAUAUCUAUCCGCAACGACUCUUGGUGACGAUACAAAUGCUGGUGAAACCGUUCACUAUCAAGAUGUGAGAGAAAUCAAAGGUAUCGAGAUCGAAGAUACGCGAAAGUUUCGAAUUAAGAAAAAAGGAGUGUAUUAUAUCAAUCUUGGAAUUACUGCUGAGGGUCCAAAAUUUAAAAUGCUAUGUUUUGUUAACGAUAUGUUCAUUGUACAGUCUGGUAUAUUGAGAGAAAAUAAUUCUAACGAUGAUACAAUAUCGAGAGCUUUCUCCAUAUACUUAUAUGAGAAUGAUAUAUUCCAUUGUAAGGUAGAAUUUGGAAUACUAAGGGGCUUUGCGGGAAGUUCUCUCACGAUGUUAAGAAUAAAAGUUGGUCGAAGAUAUCCCAUGAUUUCAGCCGCAACCGAAAUUUCCUCUCAGGGUUCACCAGCAUCUAACCCUGUUCCUUUCAGCAAAGUGUUUGUAAACGAGGGCAAUUUUUGGGAUUCUUCGCUUGAUACGUACAUGAUAAAAGUACCAGGCAUUUAUUUUAUGUACAUGGGAGUUGGUGCGACUGAUAAUAAAAAUGUUCAGUUUAAACUUAUGAUUAAUAAUCAAUAUUCAGGUGGUGUUUUAAAAAAUGGAAGAUCAGCUGGAAAAUUUGAUAUAUUUAGUCGUACUAUACUCUUGAAAUUACAGAAAGGAGAUGAAUUAUACUUUGAAUCGGAAUCCCCUUAUGGUUUUCGCAGUGAUUUCCAUUCAACAAGUUUUACAAUGUUUUACGUUUCAACGAUCUAAUUCAACUCAAAUAAUUUAACAUUAGCUAAUUUCUUUGCUAUAUUUAUUCUUAUUCUUAACUAUUACAUUCACGGAGCAAUUUUAGUUUCCUAUUUGUUCAAGUACUUCCUGUACUACUCCGUUUACCAUAUCUUUUUUCCUUUAUUCUUUGUUAUAUAUAUAUAUAUAGACAUUUAUUUGUUUACAACAAAAGCUUGUUUGACUUUAAUUACAAAUUAUCCAGCAGCCAAAAAUAUGAAUUCAAAAAAAAAAGAAAAAAAAAUAUGUUAAUUUGACAUUCAAGAGUUCUUCACAUUAUUCUUUAACUAUUCUUACUUAGGUUUCAAGUUCAAACAAAGUCAACAAAUGUCAAUUUGCACAAGUAUUAAUACUUUAACUAGAUAAAGAUAUAUAAGAAGAUUAUCUUGAAGAGAAGAAGAAAGAAGUAUCUCUGCAAAUUAAAAAAUUCAUUAUAUUCACAAUAACAGAAUAAAUGAAAUAAAAAUGGCGAA